CCAUCCCCUUCUCCUUUGUGUCUAACAGAGUAUCAGUGUAUGUGGACUGUCCUGCUGGUUCUCUGUCCUUUUACAGUGUCUCCUCUGACAAACUGAUCCACCUUUACACCUUCAACACCACAUUCACUGAACCUCUCUAUCCUGGGUUUACUCUGUGGUGGUCUGGUUCCUCAAUGUCUCUGUGGGAUGUGUAGUUGUCAGAGUGUGAUCCUGUCAGAGAAAGGUUGUAACUGUUGCAACAUAUUUCAGUAUGUUCGUGUCUGUGUCAUUUUCAGAUUCAUGUAGUAAACCAGUUUUUAAGCGUUAUAGCUUAUAGCUAUCAGAUAGCUUCUUACCUAUUCUACCUAUUUACUAUGGGCCAACUGGUAGGUUUGCCCGAGCUACAGUAUAAAGACAUGUACAGUCUAGUCCUAAUAUCUCAAAAAAGCAUUGUUACACACCACUGGAAAGCUUAGACUCUUGUCUUUUCGGCCAUAUAAACCGAAACCAAACAAGACCAAAAUCUUAAACAAAUGUCUAUUACUUACUUUUGACAACUGUCUGAACCUUAUAUGUAACCGGGGUAUAUUGUUAUAAUUACACAAAAUCUGAUGUUAGUACUGUAUAAUAAUAUUAUCUUGUAUCUAAUUAUAUAUUUAAUACCUGAUAGUAACAGAACUGGAGCACCUCUUCUUUAUUUCUUCUGUUUUGUUCUGUAUUGGGGAUAAAUGUGGGCUACACCCCCCCACUCUCCCCUUCCUGUCAUGUGUGUGUUCUCCGGUGGGAGAGGUUAGGGAGUACUGUGGAAUAUUUUAUACAUUUAUUAUAUAUAAUUAUUAAAUAAUAGUUAAUCUGUGCCUCAGCACUGAUGUUAUUGUUGUAUCAUACAAGAACAUACGCAGUGCCCAAGAGUGCAUUUGAACCCUUAUGAAACCAGUUCAGUCAGGACCACAUCCAAGCCAGCAGCAGACAGUUAAAGAUUGUUUUUGUUUUGCUGAAGUGAACAUUCAGGUUUGACCGAAGUGACUCUGACAAGAAACCAGGAAGCAGCUCAGUCUAAAACGUCUCAGUAGGUCGGUACCAGUGUUCCCAGCAGCAGUGAUCUAGUUCAGACAUCUUCAGAUCCACUGACUUUAAGGUGAACCAGGACUCAGAGUCAGAGUGUUCGCUGCUGAGAACUGCUGUAGGAAGGCAGAAUGGAUCAGUGUGAGGACAGAGAGGAGGAAACCCCUCCUUCUAAAAUCAGAAGAAUGGAGACGAAGACUAAAGCUCAGAGGUCCCAUCAGAGACAAGAGUCUGCUGAACCUGAAACUGGACCUGGACCCAGCUGUGUGUCCUUAAAUGACAAUUUGUCGAAGGGUUGUUUGACAGAUUUUAAACAAAGACAAGCACCAGAUCCAAAAUUGGACCUGCAGAGCUCAGAGGUUCCCAGUUAUCAGUCUGUCCAGCAGCACCAAACACACCUGGACUCCAUAUUUAUGCUGCUGGAGGAAAACAUGGUCACAUUUGUGAAGAAGGAGCUGAAGAAGAUCCAGAAGGUUCUCAGUUCAGAUUACCCAGAAUGCUUAGAGAGUCAGAGGGAGGAUGAGGAGGAGAUGGAUGAUGAGGAUGAAGAGCAGAGGAGGAGCAGCAGAGACGCAUUUCUGAAGAUCACAGUGAACUUCCUGAGGAGGAUGAAGCAGGAGGAGCUGGCUGACUGUCUGCAGAGCAGAUCUCCUGCUGCAGUUUGUCAGCAUCAACUUAAAUCUCAGCUAAAACAGAAGUUCCAGUGUGUGUUUGAAGGCAUCGCUAAAGCAGGAAACCCAACCCCUCUGAACCAAAUCUACACAGAGCUCUACAUCACAGAGGGAGAGACUGGAGAGGUCAACAAUGAACAUGAGGUCAGACAGAUUGAAACAACCUCCAGGAAACCAGUCAGACCAGAAACAACCAUCAGACCAGAAGACAUCUUUAAAGGCUCAACUGGAAGAGAUGGAGCCAUCAGAACAGUGAUGACAAAGGGAGUGGCUGGCAUUGGGAAAACAGUCCUAACACAGAAGUUCACUCUGGACUGGGCUGAAGACAAAGCCAACCAGGACAUAGACUUCACAUUUCCAUUCACCUUCAGAGAGCUGAAUGUGCUGAAAGAGCAAAAGUUCAGCUUAGUGGAACUUGUUCAUCACUUCUUUACUGAAACUAAAGCAGCAGGAAUCUGCAGCUUUGAACAGUUCCAGGUUGUUUUCAUCUUGGAUGGUCUGGAUGAGUGUCGACUUCCUCUGGACUUCAACAAGACUAAAACCCUGACUGAUGUCACAGAGUCCACCUCAGUGGAUGUGCUGCUGACAAACCUGAUCAAGGGGAACCUGCUUCCCUCUGCUCGCCUCUGGAUCACCACACGACCUGCAGCAGCCAAUCAGAUCCCUCCUGGCUGUGUUGGCCUGGUGACAGAGGUCAGAGGGUUCACUGACCCACAGAAGUGCGAGUACUUCAGGAAGAGGUUCACAGAUGAGCAGCAGGCCACAACAAUCAUCUCCCACAUCAAGACGUCACGAAGCCUCCACAUCAUGUGCCACAUCCCAGUCUUCUGCUGGAUCACUGCUACGGUUCUGGAGGAUGUGCUGAAAAGCAGAGAGGGAGGAGAGCUGCCCAAAACCCUGACUGAGAUGUACAUCCACUUCCUGGUGGUUCAGACCAAAGUGAAGAGCAUCAAGUAUGAUGGAGGAGCUGAGACAGAUCCACUCUGGAGUCCAGAGAACAGGGAGAUGAUUGAGUCACUGGGAAAACUGGCUUUUGAGCAGCUGCAGAAAGGAAACCUGAUCUUCUAUGAGUCAGACCUGACAGAGUGUGGCAUCGAUAUCAGAGCAGCCUCAGUUUACUCAGGAGUGUUCACACAGAUCUUUAUAGAGCAGAGAGGACUGUACCAGGACAAGGUGUUCUGCUUCGUCCAUCUGAGUGUUCAGGAGUUUCUGGCUGCUCUUCAUGUCCAUCUGACCUUCAUCAACUCUGGGUUCAACCUGCUGUCACAACAACAAUCAACAUCUCACAUGUCUGAAACUGCUACAAACAAAUCUGCAGAGACACAGUUCUACGGUGAUGCUGUAAACGAGGCCUUACAGAGUCCAAAUGGACACCUGGACCUGUUCCUUCGUUUCCUCCUCGGUCUUUCACUGCAGACUAAUCAGACUCCCAUUAAAGGCCUUAUUAGACAGACAAGAAGUGAUUUAAAAACCAAGGAAACAGUUCAGUACAUCAAGGAGAAGAUCUCAGAGUCUCCAUCUGCAGAGAAAAGAAUCAACCUGUUCCACUGUCUGAAUGAACUGAAUGACUGUUCUCUAGUGGAGGAGAUCCAACUGUACCUGGACUCGGGAAAGGUCUCUACAGAUGAACUCUCUGCUGCUCAGUGGUCAGCUCUGCUCUUCAUGUUGGUGUCAUCAGGAAAAGAACUGGAUGAGUUUGACCCAGUAAAAUACUCUUCAAGCUUUUUAGAGAAGGAUCUUCUGUUUGUGUUUGAAGUGCUUAAAGCCUCCAAAAAAGUUGUAUUGAGUGGCUGUAACCUAUCAGAGAGAAGCUGUGAAGCUCUGUCCUCAGUUCUCAGCUCUCAGUCCUCUAGUCUGAGAGAACUGGACCUGAGUAACAACGACCUGCAGGAUUUAAAAGUGAAGCUACUGUCAGAUGGACUGAAGAGUCCUCACUGUCAACUGGAGACUCUCAGUCUGAGUGGCUGUAACCUGUCAGAGAGAAGCUGUGAAGCUCUGUCCUCAGUUCUCAGCUCUCAGUCCUCUAGUCUGAGAGAACUGGACCUGAGUAACAACGACCUGCAGGAUUCAGGAGUGAAGCUACUGUCUGAUGGACUGAAGAGUCCUCACUGUCAAAUUGAGACUCUCAGGUUGUCAGGUUGUCUCAUCACAAAGGAAGGCUGUGCUUCUCUGGCGUCAGCUCUGAGCUUCAACCCCUCCCAUCUGAGAGAGCUGGACCUGAGCUACAAUCAUCCAGGAGACUCGGGAGAGAAGCUGCUGUCUGAUGGACUGGAGGAUCCACACUGGAGAAUGGACACUCUCAGGGUGAAGCCUAGUGGAGCGCAAUGGUUGAGACCUGGCCUGAGGAAGUAUUUCUGUCAACUCACAAUCGACAAAACCACAGUGAACAAAAACUUACAACUGUCUGAAAUCAAAAGGAGGGUGACCUAUGUUGAGGAGAAUCAAUCAUAUCCUGAUCAUCCAGACAGAUUCGAUCAGUGUCCUCAGCUGUUGUAUUGCAAUGAACUGACUGAUCGCUGUUAUUGGGAAAUUGAAUGGAGUGUACGGGUUUAUAUAUCAGUGAGUUACAGAGGAAUCAAAAGGAAAGGAAACAGUAAAAACUGUUGGUUUGGAUACAAUGAUCAGUCCUGGAGUCUGAGGUGCUCUAGUGUUGGAUAUUCUGUCCUUCACAAUAAUAUAGAAACACCCAUCCCCUCCUCCUCUGUGUCUCACAGAGUAUCAGUGUAUGUGGACCGUCCUGCUGGUUCUCUGUCCUUUUACAGUGUCUCCUCUGACAAACUGAACCACCUUUACACCUUCAACACCACAUUCACUGAACCUCUUUAUCCUGGGUUUACUCUGUGGUGGUCUAGUUCCUCAAUGUCUCUGUGUGAUGUGUAGUUGUAAGAGUGUGAUCGUGUCAGAGAAAGGUUGUGACUCUUGACAUAUUUCAGUCUGUUCAUAUUUGUGUAGUUUUCAAAUUCAUGUACAAGACCAGAUUAAGAUCAGAACAUAUCACCUAAAAAAUCCUGUAAUGUACAUUUAGACCAAAGCUUAAUCCUGUAAUGUACAUUUAGACCAAAGCUUACGGUUUAGUUUUGAGCUAUUCUCGUCAUGUUGAUUUAAUUCUGAACCAGUUUCCAAGAUUCCUUGGGAAGGUCCUUCUCCUUCUGUCCUUUAAAGGUGGAAGCUGAAGCACAAAGAUGACUUGUUGUGAAGUUGUUUUCCAGUGAAUAUUUGGAUUUUUGAUGUUGAUCAUAUACAUCCUUAAACAUAACAUAUUAAAUUUUUCUUUAUGCAUAUGCAGAAAUAAAUUCACAAAGACAA